CCGCGCGCCCACCAUGCGCCUCAACAGCUCCGCGCCGGGCCCCGGGGGCGCGCCGGACCCCGACCCCUUCCCGCUGCCGCCUUCGGGGCUGGAGGCGGCGCUCCUGGCCCCAGGCUUUGGCAACGGCUCGGGCAAUGCGUCCGACCGGGUCCGAGCGGCGCCCAACAGCGACCUGGACGUGAAUACGGACAUCUACUCCAAGGUGCUGGUGACGGCCGUGUACCUGGCACUCUUCGUGGUGGGCACGGUGGGCAACUCGGUGACGGCGUUCACGCUGGCGCGCAAGAAGUCACUGCAGAACCUGCAGAGCACCGUGCACUACCACCUGGGCAGCCUGGCGCUGUCCGACCUGCUCAUCCUGCUGCUGGCCAUGCCUGUGGAGCUGUACAACUUCAUCUGGGUGCACCACCCCUGGGCCUUCGGCGACGCCGGCUGCCGGGGCUACUACUUCCUGCGCGAUGCUUGCACCUAUGCCACCGCCCUCAACGUGGCUAGCCUGAGUGUGGAGCGAUACCUGGCCAUCUGCCACCCCUUCAAGGCCAAGACCCUUAUGUCCCGCAGCCGCACCAAGAAGUUCAUCAGUGCCAUCUGGCUCACCUCGGGCCUGCUGGCCGUGCCCAUGCUCUUCACCAUGGGCCAGCAGAACCGCAGCGCCGACGGCCAGCACCCCGGCGGCCUGGUGUGCACGCCCAUCGUGGGCACCGCCACGAUCAAGGUCGUCAUCCAGAUCAACACCUUCAUGUCUUUCGUGUUCCCCAUGGUGGUCAUCUCCAUCCUGAACACCGUCAUCGCCAACAAGCUGACUGUCAUGGUCCGCCAGGCGGACGAGCAGGGCCAAGUGUGCACGGUUGGGGACCAGCACAGCUCAUUCAGCAUGUCCAUCGAGCCCAGCAGGGUCCAGGCCCUGCGGCACGGCGUCCGGGUCUUACGUGCCGUGGUCAUCGCCUUUGUGGUCUGCUGGCUGCCCUACCACGUGCGGCGCCUUAUGUUCUGCUACGUUUCAGAUAAGCAGUGGACCCCGGUCCUCUACGACGUCUACCACUACGUCUACAUGCUCACCAACGCCCUCUUCUACGUCAGCUCCGCCAUCAACCCCGUCCUGUACAACCUCGUGUCUGCCAACUUCCGCCAGGUCUUCCUGUCCACCCUGGCCUGCCUCUGUCCCCUCUGGGGGCGCAGGAGGAAGAGGCCAGCCUUCUCGAGGAAGGCCAACAGCGUGUCCAGCAACCACACCUUCUCCAGCAACGUCACCCGGGAGACACUGUACUAG